CAUAACAUGUCGAAGAAAGACAUUUAUAAUACAGACUGUGUAUCAAUAAAGCUUUAAAUCGAAUGACCUGAAAGUCGUCAUGAUUCCUUGACUCUGCGUCAAGUUCAUCUGAGUCUGCAAGGUCAAAACGGAAGGCAAGGUGUGGAGAAAAUUUACUGAACAAGACCAGAUAAAUCACCAUUAUGACUUGGAAGGGAAGCUUGGAAAAUUUAAUGUUAAAUUCCGAAGAUAAUUUCCAAGUCUAACAUUUAAUGAACUAUCACAUGGAUUGAGCUCUCGGUGGCAAUAGAAAUGACUGUUUCACAGUUAAUUGCCAGCAAUCCAUCACUGUGACCGCUGAUGUAAACCUUUAUAAUCUGUCAACGCAGUGAAGAUACAUAGCAGAAGUAUUGAUUAUUUGUACAGGAACCUGUUUUAGAAUCACAAAAUCCAAUUUAUGGACUUUUCUAACUUUGUCACUAAACACAUUUUAAAAGUCUGCAUCUGACUUGGUAAACAUUUUUGCCUUUAUCCUUAAUACAGUCCAUUUUGUAUGCUUGUGGGAAAGUUGACUUCAAACAUUUGACUUGUUCAAUUUUUGAGCAACUUUUGAGCAAGGAUUUAAUUGGGUCAAAGUUGUUAUUUGUAUGAAAUUUGUAUAAUUCCAAGAACUGCAACCUGUUUUGAACACUACUUGAAUUUUAACCCUGUGUUUUUAUUUUCUUUUGUAUUUUGCUUGUCAGUUGAAUGCUGCAGUUUAUACAGGCAUGCAUUCCCAAACCCAUUUCCAUGGUCUGUUAACCAAUGUAUCACUAACUCACCAAACCUUUUAAACAACUCUACUUUCUUCUAUCAUUAAUUAAAAAUACCUUUCAGCCCAGUAGUUGAGGAGGAAAAAAAAAUCAUAGAGCUCCCAACAUUGUUGAAAUGUUGGCAGUGAAAUCUUAUGUUCAAAACUCACAAAGAUAAUGAAACCAUUUAAACAUCUAAUAGUUAUUAGAAGUGAAAUACAUAAAAAUAGGCUCAAUUUCUGAAUUGAGGGGAAUGUAUUUUGUUUGCGGUGAGUGUUACUUUUUUUCUAGUAUAGUAAGUUGCAUAUGUCUAUACUGCUCCAACAGUGAGAUUGUUUAUGGCUGUGGGAACAUAAAUUAGGCUUCAAUUUUCUUUCAUAACCCAGCUUUUCACCGUUCUGAACCUUGUAAAGAACUAUUCGAAAUCAUUGGGUGGUACUGUCACAAAAGUGAGCUGAAACAUACCAGACUGUUAACUUUCUGCAGGGUUUUCAGAUUUUUCCCUCAAAGUAUGCUGGAGUGUGAAACAAUAUCGUGAUAUUCAGCUGCACAUACUGAAAAACUGUGUUAUUCACAAACUGGUUUGCAGUGAUGGAAUUUCAUGGGAACAUCCCAAUUGGGUAUAUCUAAAGGUUCUGGAUAUGUCAUGGCCAACUUCAUCUUUUGAAAAUAUCCAAUUUUUAAAGGCUCUUUGUUUUGAUGCUCUGACCCAAGAGGAUUAAUGCCCUUUAAAAGAGGUUGAAACUCUGAUGCAUUAGGAUUUAAUUGUGGGCUCCGGAUAUAAUAUCCUGUGACAACUGGGCUUGGAUGAGAAGCUAACUAUACCCUAAAUACAAGGUAAUUGGACAUCCUAUGUAGCCAUUGCACUUUUCAAUCUCAACUGUUGCACAUUGUCAAUUGAAUAAGUUUGUGCCUAUAAUAACAGGAGCUCCAUAGUUUAGAAUAGACCAACCUGUGUUAAGUACUGUCAGUGCUUUUAUCUUCUGUCCAGUAUCUUGUGUAUGAUUAUAUACUGUACAAAUUGUAAAUUAAUCUCUAAAUUGCGUAUAACUUCAUACAGGGUGUCCUGUGGUAUGUUGUAUAAAAUGCAAAUUUUGUAAACUUUUGUCUGCAGAAGUGAGUGGGUGUGAAUGGUUAAAUUGCCAAAGUGUAGCAUAUUUUGACCAAGUUACACUUAGCUAAGACAUAGAUCCAUUUGUUUAAAAAAAACAUCCUGGAACAUAUGAAUUAAUCUGUAAUUACAUUAACCAUAAAUUACAACAUGUAUUUCAGCAUAAGUGUUUCUAACCAAUUACGAUACAAAUACAAAAGGGGAAAGGCAAUUUUUUUUUUUUCCCCUGAAUACUUAAGUUUCCCGUUCUUGAAUAUUGCUGAAAAGUAAUACAUAUUGCAAAAGCUUUUUGUCUUACAUUGAUUAGGACAAAUGCAAAAAUGCCAAAUUUCAAACAUAUCUCAAUUUAUAAAUCAGGAAGAAAAAGGUGCUUAUUCAUUGGUAAGGUUGAGUCUGGUUGACUGAGAUUGGCAUGGACAAAGUAAUGACCAACUACUGACUUGCCCAAAACGCUGCAGAAAUUCAAAAAAGGCACAUGGCUGGAAUAUAUUCUUGUCAUUUUCAGAGAAUGAACCCUUGUGUUAGUGUAGCUCGUAGUGCACUUAGGAUAUUUUCUGCAUGUGUCUCCAAUUGCACAACUAACAAGUUUUGGUUCUUCAAGUUUGGGCUGGUUGAGUACGAUCUGUACUUGGCCUUUUACGAACAACUGAAGAAACAUCUUGUUAUUUAAUCAGUGAAUUACUGGGAUGUACAGCCAUGUACUUGGUAUUGUAUCAGCAUUGAAGUUCAUACGUGACCCGAGUACCACGUCACGUGGUACGCAGAACAUUAUUUUGGACUGCGACAGCCAUUCUGUUCGUGGAAAAUGCCUCUCUUGUAGCCACUGCUGAGGUGAUGCCAGGAGUGGACUUUGCAACCCGACAGGUGGGCAACGUCAUAAAACCCACCACAAUCAUCAAAGUAGAUGGUGAUAAUAUUAUCCUGCAAACCAAGAGCACCUACAGAAGCACAGAAAUUAUCUUCCAGCUUGACAAACCAUUCAAUGAACAUACAGCUGACAAUAGAAACUGUAAGACAGUUGUGUCAUUGGAAGGUGACAAAUUGAUUCAGAUUCAGAAAUGGGAUGGAAAACAAACAACACUUACUCGAGAAAUCAAGAAUGAACAGCUCAUAUUGACUCUUACAUUAAAUGAUGUGGUUUCCGUUCGCACCUAUGAGAGGGAAUUUGUGUGAGAAAAUGCCUUUCUGCACAUUGCUAUACUGUUUGAUGAAUCUCC